CAAAAUAAAAUGUGAAUUUCAGUUGGCAGAUAUAUUAUUUUUUGAAUAUCUCAUCUUUUAAAGUUGAACGUGUUUGUUUAUUUACAACAUUAGAGUUAUCUCUGUGUGGGAGGUUUUAUAUUACGGGACUUGUUGAUAUGGCGCGCUCGGAGCAGGAGAAAUCGGAUAAACGAAAGGGCAAGAAACGGAAGCACGAGCAGGCACAUGUUUCCUCCACCGGGAGCGACGACGAGGUGGCCACAAAAAGUCUAAUCCUGGAGCCAGAGGUGGCUUCUACAGAUAAACCUUCCAAAAGGCGCCAGGAUGCGUCUGAGACACCGGUCUUGAAGAAGCGUAGUAAAAAAUCGGCUGAACCUCAGGAGGACACUACUGAUGACCGGAAAAAGGCUUCAGCCAAGGCUUUAAAAAGAAAACAUGCUUCAGGAGCGACAGAGACCGCCCCGGAGAAACGAGGCAAACAGGAGCCUGAAUCGGAGGGCGAGGACGGAGACAAUCUACCCACUGCCGAACAGCUUCGAGAAGCGGCUCGGCCAGAGAACACAAAAGCCAUAGUUACUGUGCGCCAGAAAAAGAAGCAGAAGCACCAGCAACGCCUGGAGGCUCAACGAGCACAGAAUUCCAAUAAGGAGUCCGAACUGAACAAGGAGUACCUUCUGAAGUGGAAGCAGUCCAGGGAGGAGUGGAAAUUCACCAAACUGCGGCAGAUUUCCAUUCAGCAAACGGCCUUCGAUGAGGAGAAACUAGACGCCGAUCUGUGGCCCACGGCCCUGGAGUACUUGGCCAGUUCUCAGGGAGCGGCGCGCGCGAAAAUCAGCAAGCUUGCCGAAGAGGAGAUCGAAAAACUGGACAAACAGUGCGAAAAGCUAGAGGAUGAGUCCGAGAGGCAGAAACUUAUCGAGUCAACGCUCUACCAACGAGCCAGAGAUCUUCUCCAGAGUUUCGAUUAAUUAAUAGCACUAAGUCUAUUAGUAGGAAUAGUUUUCUAGAAUUAC